AUGUUGACUCCUGUUGAUUAUAUUCUCGGUAGUUAUGAUAUGCGAAAUCUGUCGAAGUUUUAUGCACCACCAGGUAGUGCUGAAAAAGCAGCUGAAACUUUAUUAGGACUCCAUAAAAACUCAUCAAUUACUAUUCUAACUGGUUUCUGUGUAACCGAAAAACUCGUCGACAACCAGAAAACACCCGUCGCCGAAAGUGAUGGUCCACCAGGUGCAGUUCUUGCUGGUGAAAUCUUUCGUCAACUAUCUUACCAUGUUUCCUAUGUUGCUGAUCCUGUGACUUGUCAGAUUCUUCGUGCUUGUUUGAAAUCACGAAAAGAUGACGAUAGUCAUGUUUACGAGUUCAAUUCCUCACACAAUGAAAAAGAGCGAAUUGCUGAAGCACAGAGACUUCUCAAUGCGCUUCAAUCCAAAGCAAUACUCGCUGGUGAACUCUCAAGUCGAAACUGGUUUGAUGGCGUUCGUCGAAAUAUGAUUGGCAAGAACAUCGAUGACUGGAAUCCACCUGUGGAUGAGAUGCUUGUUCAAUUUAAAGGUAAAGGUAUUAUCAUUGCUGUUGGUGACGGCGGCAAUGAAGCUGGUAUGGCUAAUUUGAAGGAUAUGAUCCCUUUGGCACCAGACGGGAAAACCAUUGUUGGAAGUGGAGUGUAUUCGGACAUACCUGUCACAUCUUGGAAUUCUAAUCUUGGCUUACAAGCCAUUGCUUCUGUUGCGGCAGCAAAAGAAAAUCGACUUGAUCUGAUUCCGACGGGUAAUCAAGUGAUCCAGAUGAUUGAAACUGCUUUAAGUGCUGGUGCUGUCGAAGGUGUCACUCGAGGAGAAGAACAGAAUUCUUUGAAUGGAGCCUAUGCCAUACAUGGUGUUGAUGGAUUUGCCCCUUCGGUUCAUGGAGCUGAUCAAGAUAAACUGAGAAGCACAUUGAUUCAAAUGAAAAUCAAAGGAAUGUUGUAA